GGGAUGCGCGCGCAGCCCCGCGACUCCUCAGCCGCGGCGGGCCUCGACGGCCCCCCGACCCCGCGCGGAGGGAUUUCGGCGCGGCCGGAGCCGCUUCUGCGUCGACCUCCCGGGGCCCGGCCGAGCAGGUGCGCGCGCCGCCGCCCCGCGCCCGCCCCGCGCCCCGGUGGGGCUUUCCCCGGGAGCGGCUCGGCUACCCUCAGUAAAAAUACCAGCAGUCCAGAAUUCUUGGUGAAUCUGGUCAUCGGAAAUGAAGGUGUCUAUGCAAAGGAAUGCAAGCAUAUUUUGGUCCAGAUUUCACUUCCAAGAUCAGAAAUGAGAUCUCAUGAAUGCCAACUGACAUACCCUGCCUGACCAACAUGGUGGAGACAGAAGGCUCACUUUGUCCCCUCAUUCCCUUGGAGGAGGAGGAUCUUGAAAGUCCUUUAUCUGGAGAAUUUUUACAAGAUAUGGAGAACAUAAAGGAGCUCUCUCAGUCAAUAAGUGGGGAUAGCUCAGGAGCAUUGAGCAUUACAGAUUUUCACUCUCUGGGAAAUGGACCUGGAUCUGAUGGGUCAGUCAUUACAGAUUCUCUCUCACCAGCAUCAAGCCCUUCGUCUGUAAAUCUUCUGACAGUUCCAGGUAGCAAAGACGAACCUCCCGGUACAACAUUAAACAUUGAAUGUAGAAUAUGUGGCGAUAAAGCUUCAGGCUACCAUUAUGGAGUACAUGCUUGUGAAGGUUGCAAGGGCUUUUUUAGGCGAACAAUCAGACUAAAGCUAGUCUAUGAUACAUGUGACCGCAACUGUAAAAUUCAGAAAAAAAAUCGCAACAAGUGCCAAUACUGUCGUUUUCAAAAGUGCCUUUCCGUUGGAAUGUCUCAUAAUGCCAUCCGAUUUGGACGUAUGCCAAGAUCAGAGAAGGCAAAAUUGAAGGCUGAAGUUCUGACAGGUGAACACUGCGUAGAAAAUUCUGAAAUGGCAGAUCUGAAAUCACUUGCCAAGAACAUUUAUGAAGCUUAUUUGAAGAACUUUAAUAUGAACAAGGUGAAAGCCAGACUCAUCCUUGCGGGAAAAACCAGUAACAAUCCACCAUUUGUUAUACAUGACAUGGACACGUUGUGUAUGGCAGAGAAGACACUGGUGGCAAAGCUGGUGGCCAAUGGAAUCCAGAACAAGGAGGCAGAAGUUAGAAUCUUUCAUUGCUGCCAGUGCACCUCGGUUGAGGCUGUAACGGAACUUACUGAAUUUGCCAAAUCUAUCCCUGGCUUCUCAAACCUAGACUUGAAUGAUCAGGUGACGCUGUUAAAAUACGGAGUUUAUGAAGCCAUUUUUGCCAUGUUAGCUUCUGUAAUGAACAAAGAUGGGAUGCUAGUAGCCUAUGGAAAUGGUUUUAUAACUCGAGAAUUCCUCAAAAGUUUAAGGAAGCCAUUUUGUGACAUUAUGGAACCGAAGUUUGAUUUUGCAAUGAAAUUCAAUGCAAUGGAGCUAGACGAUAGCGACAUCUCUCUCUUUGUGGCUGCUAUAAUUUGUUGUGGAGAUCGCCCGGGCCUUGUAAACAUCGGACACAUAGAAAAGAUGCAGGAGAGCAUUGUGCAUGUACUGAAACUUCACUUGCAAAACAACCAUCCUGACGACAUCUUCCUUUUUCCAAAACUUCUGCAGAAAAUGGCAGACCUCAGGCAGCUUGUCACAGAGCAUGCUCAGCUUGUUCAGAUAAUCAAAAAGACUGAAUCUGAUGCCCAUUUACAUCCUUUGCUACAAGAAAUCUACAAGGAUAUGUAUUAAGGCUUUGGGGUUUUAUAUGAUAUAUAAAGACAUUAGCAAUAUUGAUGGGUGGGAACAAACUACUUUGCACAAUUACUUCUGCUGUGCUUUGAUCUCAAAACACAAGUGAAGCUAAAAUUGAGUUAACUGGAAUUUAUCUUGCCAGAGGUUAUUUUCGUAUUGAAGAUUGAUUGUAGAGUGCUUAUGAAUACGGCAGUAAUCUGGUCUGACUUUAAAUUUGGGUGGCAGUGAGUCAUUAAUUCUGUUGAAUCUGGAACCUGCCAACAAAGUGGUCUUCAACCUCUCCAGAUCCACGUGGCAGCGUGGGCCUCACUGGUCACAUGUCAUAACAGCAAUGUGACAUGUCAUAUGAUAGGAAGAGGAAGAGCCAGCCAGUAUCAAGGUCAGAGCCAUGGGUAGCACUUCCAUCCCCACAAGGUACUCUGUAGUAAAGAACAAGUCAGCACCGGUGGGUUCAGAGAGAGACACACCCCUAACAUUAUCCCUUGCCUUCUCCCCCACCCCACCCCCAUCCAGCUAGGUGACCUUUCACUCCAGGUGCUCCUCCUUUCGGCCUCUGGCAUGGAGUCCCUUCCCCCCCCCCCCCCGCCCCCGUGAAAGAUCAGUUUGAUUGGGGAGAGGAGGUUCUACCGGGUGCAGAGCGUCAGAGGACUGACGGGUGGGAAUGACAGGGGAAAGAGAAAGAAAAGGCAAGGGGAAACUUUUGUGGGGAGGGGGGCUCUCUGAACCUGCUUUAACUAAAGAUGAAUCUUUGCCAGCAUGGCAUGCAUCCAAGCAUGGGCAGGGGGGUGGUGCUUCUGCUGUGUCUUUGUGAGCACUAAUAGAGGGGCCCUCCAAUCAGAUCUACAAAAAAGCAGCUCUGUGGGGACUUGUGGCCCAGUGGGUGGGGCCUCCUCUGAGGGUUGAAUGCCACUCUAUCAUCAAAGAGUUCUUUUGAAAUUUUCUGCUGUUUAAAGCCUUCAGCCCUUAAUGUUUGCUUCUGCAGGAAGGCUAGUGAUUCUGGUUAGGGAUACCCAAGAGGGCAUUGGACGUACGUUUCUAUAGCAGCAGUACCCCACACUGCAUGGCAAACUACACUUGAAACUUGCUCAGAAGUGGAUCUAACAUGAUGGGAUGCUUAAAAAGUCAAAUAUGCCAUGGGUCACACGCAAUUUGCUAGGUGCACCUACAGUAGUUUUUUGGAUCUUGGCUUCUAUCUCUGUCUGAAACCUAUGCAUUUGACACUAGACCUAGUGUUAAUAGAUGCUACUUUUUAAGCUUUUCAGCCCUGCUGAUGCUGUCACAUAAGAUAUAUUUAUGCUGCCUAUAUCUAUGAAGUUGCUUAAUAGUCCUCCUCUCCCCUAUGAAGAACCCUAGAAACUAAUUCUGUGAGAGUGCCUUUGAAUUUCUAAGAGAGUAUUCGGCUCUCUGACCAUACUACAACUUCCAGUAUUCUUUGGGGAAGACAUGAAAGUGACCUUUAAAAUGUAGGUAUGCCUCUCGAUCUCCUUGUGCCAAACGUGCCCUCUGUCCACUCAAUUAUUUUUCAAAAGGGCUACAUCAUGCAUUAUAUUUUUGAUUGGUCCAUAUUGGAAGUGCAUGGUGUAUAGCCCUCAAUGCUGUAAUAUUUGAAGCAGCUACAUGGUGGUUGUGAGUGUGUUUUUAGUGCUCAUUACUGUUACAAACCAGGGUGUUUUUUUAAGAUAGGACAAGUAGUUGUUCCAGAUGGUACUGCUCUAGCAGAACACAUGUACUACAAUCUUCACUUUGGAAGUUCUUUAUCUUCAAGGCCGACCUGGUCACCAUCUUCUGUAAGUGUCUGUACAACUGUGUUGAAAAGAAUUGUGAAACUUAUUUAUUUUGUAAAGUGUCUUACAGAAUCACAGUUUAAAUUAUUGCAGAUUGUAAAUCAAUAUUGAUUUACCUUCAGUUGGCUAUGCCGAUCUGAUCUUUCAUUGUCUUUCAGUAAGAUAUCUGUGUGUUGGGGGGCAGGGGCGGGGGCUUAAUUUGGUUAAAGAAAAGAGUGGUGGGUUUUUGCAAGAUAGCCCUCCCCUUUAAUAAAUCAAUGUGCCUUCUUGAUUGAUUAUUUAGACAAUAACCACUAUAUACCAAAAAUAAACUUGUUUUCUCUAGAGCCCCCCAAAAGAUUUGGUAAUUCAAAAGCUCCAUUGCCAUUGAUGUAUUGUGGUUAAGACAAUUUGAACUUAUGUCUGGAAAUUGUUGGCUCGGCAUGUUUGCUCAAGAUACUUACUUUGAUCCAGACUUAAAGACCAGUGUUUUUUUCAACCAUUUAAUGCCACAUUUAUUUUUUAAAAUCUCCAUGUUCUAUCAGAUUCUAAUUGACUGGGCUUUCUUCUAGUGCUUUGCUGCCUCAUGUGCCCUUCUCUGCGGUGCCCUUGUUUGCAGCCCAAAAUAACCUAGAAUGAUAUGGAAUGCAAUCUGCAGAGUGUCCACCUACUUUUGGUUGGCUGUCAGUCCAGCAUCUUGCAGUUCUUAGUUUUGAGAGCUUGUAGAAACUUCAGUGAUAGGUUAGUGGGUUUUAGUAGAUGUGCUGGAAAAGCGGUUUGUACUAUCAUACAAAAUAAUCAGUUUGGGGCAAUAAUUCAAGCACCAAUAUUGAACAAAAGUUGUAUUUCUCAAUUAUGUUUUCCAAAAAUGAAAUCUUCUACCUCUAUAGAUCAUGGGAAUAGAAUUCUGCAGAUUAGAUUCUUCAAGAAAUGUACAGCUUAUAUGAAAGGGUCAACGUGGCAAGCCAUAAUGAACCGCAAAGAGGUUCUUGCACUGAUUUUUGUAAUGCAAAAGGAGUUCUGAGAUGAAAUAAUUUUAUUGUUUAGUAGUUUAGAAAAAACACUUUUUUGCACAUUUUAGCCAAUAUUAAUGGCUGCAGAUUUUAGUGAUUAAUUUCCUGAACAUACUUUAAUUGAAACAUCUUCCAAUAUGAAUUUGAAUUCAUUAAGUGUUCACCUUUGUAAGUGGAAACAACCCCAAAUGUCAUUCAGAUGAGACGUGGUAACUAAAACUUCCCCAAGCUUGGUGGGCCAUUUUGCACACCACCUUUUAUAACUUAGGGUAUCCUUGCUUUAACCAAGACUCCCCCAUGUGUGUCCACGUCCCCAUUAAUAUAUCCAGAGGAUUUGCACUGAGCUUCAUUUUGGAUUUGCACUGAGCUUCAGCUUUCUAUUUAGCCACACAAUUACUACACUUCACAAUCCUGAAUGGCUAAUCGUUACACCGAACCCCAUAUUGUGAGAGGGAGCGCUCCUGUAUUGCAGGGACGCCUUGCAUAAGACCUGAAUUUUAUGGCCUCUCCCCCCCCCCCGCCCCCCAUACCUCAGCAGGGGGUCAUCAAAUUCAACUUGUAGCUAUGGGCAAAGUCUCACUCCCAGCUUUUAUUCCUUUGUUUCAUUUCCUCUGGUGCAUUCUGGGAGUUGUAGUUCCCAGAAUAUAUUGGGGAGGAAGAAUGCAUUCUUCAUGCAUUCUGGGAAUGUAGUUAGUUAAUGUCAGUUCUUGGAAUUAACAGUUCUCAGAAUAUACUAUCAAAAAGAAGUAGAGAAAUAAAGAUGGAGAGUGGCACUGGAAGAACUUCCUUCUCAGUGGCUAUUGCAUUGCUUCCCAUCGACAGGGCGGAGGAAAUUAAGCUUCUACUCAAAUAUGUGCUCUGAGAAAGAAAAGAAAUGGGUAGCAAGGAAUCUUAGCUGAGCAUCCAAGCCAAAGAAACGUUUUCAGUAUCUCUCAAGGGGGGAGGAGAAUUCAGACCCUGCAGUGCAGAAUCUCUCUCUCUCUCUCGACGUGUGCCUGCGCUGUCUUCUGCAGCCGGGCUGCCUCCCCCCCCCCCGCCCCCCCUGAAGUCCUGUCUAGCUGGUCACCAUCACCUGGGAACAGAACGUGUGCACGGGAUUCAUUUGGCUAAUGCACUUUCUACGGCUCAUAGCGUGUAACAUAUUCCACACAGCAGAGAGAAUAGAAGGUAUAAAACUAGGUUACAAAUAGCUGGGUAACAAGCAACCUUCUUAAUAGACCACUUAUGUUGAUUUCCCUACAAAAGACAGAAAAGGCAGGGCAGGUACUGCCAAGUAACCUGAGCAGUUACAGUUCCUCUUCCAGUUGAUGCCUGCUUUUGAGGGAAGGCCUGCUUCUGGUGAGACCAAGGAAGCUGCCUUUUGAGAGCUGUCAGUAUGCCUGCUUGCCUUACUGAACGUCUUAACUUCGACCCUCAGCAGUCUGGGCAGAAAUUGCAUCACCUCAGGGCUUCAGCUGUGGGAAGGGGUAAGGUGUCCCCCUCCCCAACCCAGUCGCCAAUAGCUACUUUUCCACAGAAGCUGAAAAGAGCCAUUGAAGGCGAGCCCACUUUUGCCUGUAUAAUCAUAUGGACUUUGUUUGCAGAGUCUUCUUUUGGAUUUCAUUUCUUGGCAUUUCCGUGUAACACGCCCUCCUCUCUC